UUACAGGUGUAAUUAAUCAAAGUGCUAAUUACUUGUCCGGUUUACUACGAGAUAGAGGUAACGCGAUGGACACGUUAUUAAAUAUGAUGAAAAAAAAUCCAAGCAAAGUGUUUUCAACAAGAAAUAAUUAUACGUUGGACUAUGGCCAAGCAGCAAAAGAUAUUCAGGAAGCACCAGACCUCAUCACACAUUUGCACAUAAAGGAUAUUGCUGACGAAGGACGAGCAAAUUUAACGAAAGACAUGAAAAAUGAGACUCCAGUUGCUUUGCAGGCCCCAAUGGCAGCAUUGACGAAAGACGUCUCCAAAUAUCUUUCCCAGGUGGUGGCCUUACGAAGUGGAAUAGCCGGUGAUAGAUAUCCAAAACACUUGCUGGCUUCAAUGGAUAAAGCUAUAGGAAGUAAACCCCUUUACAAGUACAAGUCGUUCGGACAAAGUUACGGUGAAGCGGCAGAUGUUUUACAACACGAAGGCCCCGUAUUUACUCCAGAGUCACUACAACCAGGAUCAGUACAACAGCCAGGAGUACCUCUCUCAGAAUCCAAAACGGCGUUAGCAUUAUCGCAAGGAGUGUCUUUAAAUGAAAUACAUCCAACAGAAUCAACUAAGGAGUUGGGUCAUGAAAUUGCAUCCGAAAUGAAGAGAACCUUACCAAAGCAAAUAGCUCCAAAUGUUGCUGAAGGAUUGGAUGGUACAAUUGAAAACGCUGCUAAGCAAAUAGCGAAACAUGCUACUGGACAAGGAAAAGCAUUGGAACAUUUGACGGGUCUAAUGAAAACGAAAGGAGACCAAAACCUUGCCAGAUUGCAAGGAUAUGAUCAACCUACAGUGGUGCAGCAAAAAGACUGGAGCUUGCUCCAACUUUGACUAAUGACAAGGUCGACAAAAUAGCUUACGAAGCUGUGAAAACUAAACUCACCGACUUGACUAAGGACAAACCAGCUGAUGAAAAGUUUGCAAAAUAUAUGCCAGGUAUUAUCGAAGAUAGCUCAAAAUUUCUAGCAGCACCAUCACCUGAGACGAACGCCGAAAAGAAAAAAGUAUUAGCUGAUUUACUAGCCAUGAAAAGAGAUCAAAUAUUAGAUGAGAAGGUCCUUAUAAAAUGACUUAUCAAGAAGGUGGAGAGGAGCUUAUGCAUGCUCCAGCUGGUGCCAGUAAAGCUCAUAACGAGCAGAAGCAAAAAGAAAUGUUAAAGAAAAUUGAAUCUGUCUUACCAGAUAAAAAUAUGGCUGCCGCAUACAAAGGUGAAAAGCUGUGUUUCCUUAGGACAUCGUGGUCAAUACGCAACAGAGUGUUACAUUUUAG